AUGUAUUUUACGAAUUGGGAAGAAUUUAGUAAAGCUGUAGAUCGAUUGUAUACUAGCAAUCCAACACGAUGCAGAUUUGUAACCAAAUAUAACCAUAAAAAAGGUAAAAUGACACUGAAAAUGACAGAUGAUGUGGUCUGCUUGCAAUAUGAUACGGAUCAGAUACAGGAUGUUAAACGAUUGGAAAAACUUACAGCAACAUUAAUGAGGCAUAUUGUUUCCAAAUAG